GGAGGGGGUUGGCGGGACGCACGCAGUGUCGGAGCCGCCCGUCAGAGGAAGUGGGACUUUAGCGCGAGCGCGCAAAAAAAAAAGCGGGCAGGCCUGUGGAGACGGCGGGAGGAGGGAGACGCUGGACAGCUGCGGCCGCUUGUCGUUAACAGCGAGAAGGCGGUGGUGGGGAGGGGGAAAGAGUCCCGCGUCACGGAGCAGGCCGGACACCGAGUCCUUUCUUUACCCUAACAACCUCAUUUCCCCCCGGGCGGGGGGCGGCCCCUCCGCCAUGGCCAAAGUACAGGUGCUGAAUGUGGUGGUCCUGGACAACCCGUCCCCCUUCAACAACCCCUUUCAGUUUGAGAUCACCUUCGAGUGUAUCGAGGACCUGCCGGACGAUCUAGAAUGGAAGAUUAUCUACGUUGGCUCUGCAGAGAGUGAGGAGCAUGACCAGGUGUUGGACUCCGUGCUGGUCGGACCUGUCCCUGCUGGUCGUCACAUGUUUGUGUUUCAGGCUGAUGCUCCAAAUGCAAGCCUCAUUCCAGAUGCUGAUGCAGUUGGUGUGACUGUGGUGCUGAUUACCUGCACAUACAGAGAUCAAGAGUUUAUUCGUGUGGGGUAUUAUGUGAAUAAUGAAUAUACAGACCCUGAAUUAAAGGAGAACCCACCAAUGAAACCUGUCUAUGCCAAGCUCCAGCGAAAUAUUUUGGCCUCAAAUCCAAGAGUUACCAGGUUCCACAUCAAUUGGGAGUGCACUGGUGAAAAAAUGGAAGAUAUUGAAAAUGUUGACCCAAGUUCAAAUGCAAUGCUUCCUCCUACCUGUACACCACUGAAGGGACUUGGAGCAGGAAGUGCCCUGAGUAUUGUUCCAGAGAACUCAAUGGACUGCAUGUGAAACCUGCCAGUGAAUAAGGAUUACAGUGGAUGAAAUAUGUUCUUUUGUAUCAGGGUUUGCUAGCUUUUGGAGUUGUUAAUUUUACAGAGUAUUUAAGUCAAACUUCAGUACCCCAGAGGUGAUAUUGUCUACAGGGGUAGGGGAGUGAUAAGGAUUGAAGGCCACAAUAUUGUCAUUCAUGGCAAUGUGCCACAGUGUAUGUGGCUACCAGAUAUGUUGAUCUACAUUCAGCUGGUUGCUUUUGCCCAAAAGGGAGCAAUAAUGCUUUUUACUGGUAAAUGUCUGGGAUUGCAAAGCCAGUUGGUGCCUAUUGUAAACUAGCCAGAAGUGUGUUGAACUACAGAAUGUAUUUGUAGGAGUUCUGUCUGUUUUGUGUAGCAUGUCCAUAAAUUCUGGGGUGGGGGGUGGACAAGUCCUGUUUAUGUUGAAUGUGUUUUUUCUGUUCAAUGCCUGUUCAAAUAUAACCCUGAGAACUGGUCACUUUCAAAACUUCAAUUGGCAGCUGGCCGAGCAGUUAUGGUCAGUAAUAAGCCCACUAACCUUGUGGCCUCAGCAACAACUUAGCCCUCUUGUAGAGGAACCAGUCACCAGACUGACAUUACCAUCAGUCCAGCAGUGUUAUCAUAAACCCAAGCUGGAAGUUUAACUCUUCUUGAACAUUGGCUGUCUGGCAUAAUUGUCUUAGUUCCAUGAAAAACACUUUUGUAACUUUUAAUAUACUUUGUAAAUCGUGAUCCAAACCUGCCUGCAUCCAUUAUGUGGGAGAGGUUGAUUAAAAAGGUUGAAAUCAAUAUAGCUUUAUAAAGCAGCAGCAUUGGUUUUGAAAACUGCAGCCAUUUUUAUAAGUGUUAGCUGUGUAGAAUUGUAUUGUCUUGCUUUGUCUGAAUAAAAGCACUUGUAAAUGCU